AUGCACCGAAUAUGUCGCUAUCUUUUCCUGACAGAAGUGUCUGACAAGCUCGUUCCUCUCACCAUCAUAAAGGGCGCCGGCUCUGAGUUCAUUCCCCUUCCCCAGGGCGAGAACGCUACCACAGCUGAUUUCCACUCCAUCCGCACCAAGACGACGGACUCGCCAUCUUACUUCACCUCUGGAUUCUACAAGAUCACUGCUGGACCUGCUCGCCCCGCCCAUUACACCUUUGAGGAGACCAAGUAUGUCCUCCAGGGCCAAAUUGAUAUUUUGGACGAAGCCACUGGCAUCACUCACCACCUAGUCCCUGGAGACUUCGCCUUCUUCCAUGUCGGAUCCAAGGUCAAGUUCUCUACCAAGUCUGACGGUCUUGCUUUCUACGCCGUGACUCGUCCGAUCCGCAACCCUCACCCCAACCUCCAGGGCCGCGAGGAGAGCGUCAAUGCCAAGCUGUAG